AUGCUUACAGCUUUAUUCCGAGCCUUCUCUUUCAAGCCGAAGCAGGUUCCGUUCAAGAAGUGGAAUAUCACCAGAGGCGACCACGUUCACAUUAUUUCAGGCCACGAGAAGGGCAAGCAUGGACGCGUUGUGUGUGUCUUGAAAAAGAGAAACCAAGUGAUAGUGCAUGGGGUUAAUUUGAGGAUCAGACACAAGCGGGCGGGCGUUAUGAGCUCAGAGUCAACGACAACUUAUGAAAAAGAAUCCCCGAUUCAUGUGUCCAAUAUGCUUCUUUCAGAUCCAGAAACAAAGAAGCCGACUCGUGUGAAAAUUGGAUAUUUGGAAGAUGGGACAAAUUACAUUAAGGUUUUCUCCAUAGUUGUCUUUGCCUCUAUGUUUUCGACCACCUGCUGGGCUGUAGAAAUACAGUUGAUGGUUUCCUCUAUGGACAGAUCGUGCGACCCCAUAGCCUUAGCAGGUCAAGAAGACCUCUCUUUCAGAUUGUCAUCGGUACUAUGGAGAUAAAGGCUAACCCAAAACCUCUUGAGGACUGGCUAUAUCCUCAGGAGUCGAAGGGAAAAAGCGUGACAUCAGAUAGCUGAUAAUUGCUUGUGGAGUCUCGAGUUGACUCUCAAGGUUUACUCAUCUAUAAGGGUUAUGGACUAUAGCCUUUAAGCUAUAAUUAAUUUUUGCAACUAAGAUCUGCAUUGCCGUCAGAGCAUAUUUAUUCACCUCCACUAUAUAGAUGGGACAAGGGUCAGGGUCUCCAAAAAGAGCGGAGCCGUCAUACCAAAGCCAAAGAGAAACAAUUUAACCUAUGAGCGCAGGCAUAAGAAAAAAAUUGAUGGAGUCAAAGAUACCAAGACUGAGAUAGCGCUGAAGAGGACGUAUUUUGGAGAGGAUUUCGAAAAGAUUAAGGAGGAGUUUAAUGAGUACAUAAAGAAAAGAGAAAAGGAAGCAAUGUGGCUUGUGUUUCCUGAAUAA